AUGGAUAAUCUGGAAAAAAGGAAAGUGGAAACCUCCACUGUCUGCCCUCUUUGCAAAUCCGAGAAGGAGAGUAUGAACCACCUGUUCAGACUGUGUGAAAUCUCCAAGCGAGUUUGGAAGGCCUCCCAACUGGGAAUUAUCUCGACUAAUCCUACUUUUCUUUCUUGCAGGGAAUGGGUAACUAAUUUUGUUAGCUAUUGCUUGCAGGACCUAGAAAAAAAUUCAGUUAGACUUACCAUGUUUGUAGCAGUUUUAUGGGCUAUUUGGAGUCAUAGAAAUGAUAUCGUUUUUAGAUACAUGAGUACUGACCCUACAUCAGUCAUGACGGCAGUACAUAUAUAUGUUGCAAGGUGGCUAAAGGCCACGGAUUUAGUAUCAAUCCAUAUCGGGGAAAGACAGAUAGAGUCCGACAAAUCUCGUCCUAUGCUUCUAUGGAGACUAGGGUAA